ACAUGAUUGCUCUCAUCCGGGCAAAAAGAGACCAGGAUUCGCAUCUUGCCGGCCUCGCACACACCACGAGAAGGAUGAAGACGAAGACAUGGAAGUGGGACGACGUGGAGAAGAGGCUGGUGCACAUGGGGGUCACGAGUAGAAAGGCCGUCGAUUGCGGGAAGAAAUGGGACAAUCUGUACCAGCAAUUCAAAACCGUGCACAAGUUUAUGGGAGAAUCGGGGGAGCCAAAUUUCUUCACACUAACGCCAGGCGAGAGAAAGGAGCGGGGGUUCGAUUUCCGGAUGGAUGAGCGUGUGUAUUCGGAGAUGGCGGCGAUGACCAGGAGCGAUCACACCAUACACCCCACCAAUCUCGCCGACACCGGUGCGACUGGAGGUGUUCAAAUGCCCGGCCCACGCGGAGGUCGGAAUGAAUCCGACGGUAGUGAGGGGGGCGGGGACGGACAGGACGAUGAUCAGGGGUCCACGAGGGAUUCUAUCAGCGGCGGUGGUGUUGGCGGGGGCAGCAAAUGGAAAAAUGUGAGACAGCAGACCUUUGACACGAUUGCAGACGUGAUGAGGGAGCACGGGAGUCUGAUGGCGACAACCGUGGACAGGGCGAGCAAGAGACAGUGCUCAAUUCUGACUAGGCAGUGCGACAUUCUGGAGCGAGAGGUUGAAGUGCAGAAGGAACACUACGUUAAGGCUGACCAGACGAACUUGAUGAUGUGCCAAGCACUUAUGGAGAUUGCUAAAGCGAUCCGCGAGCGAUCCGUUGUUGGCGGUGCUGCCGGGACGGUACCAAGGACCCCAAACACGGCAGGGGUUGUCGUCACAGGCGCGCGGGUCGCGAGACAACUUUCGGCGGGGGCAGGCCAAGGUCAGCCACGUCAGCCACUCCCCCUGCAACACGUGUUGGCAUCAGGGGGAGGGCACACAACGACCUCACAAAAGGGCGACGAGACGGCUAGCGCCAGUCGGACGGCAGCGGCAGAUCACACAGCUAAAGCUGGAGUCGUCCAAGGUGCGGGAAGGGGGGGGGUCGACGACGUUGGCCGUGACGAUGGCCGAAGAGACGGUAAGCGAGAGGGCAAUGACGGCGACGACCGUCCACUUGUGCCGAGGGGGAAGGGAGCGCCGAAGGAGGACGAGCUGGAAGAGAAGGCCAAGUUGUGGGUUGAUUGCGACGCUUUCUGGGGUCCGGGUCCCGGGAAACCUCUGAGGGAGGCGGUAGGUGAAUGCACCGACUACUUCGUCGCCAUCGCCAACGGAGACGCAGGAGCUGAGCCGCCUUCGAUGCUCAUCAUGCCGCCGAAUGACAUGCCGCGCUUCAAGAUCGACGACCCGACGCAGCGUGAUCCGGCUCUCCGCAGAGCGCGCAGCGUGGAGAGAGUAGUGCUGCGCACCAUCCACGGUUGGAUCUUUAAAUCGCAGUCGAGGUCGACUUGCUUCUCUCGUGUAGAGUCCUACAUCACCGUCGACUUCGCCACGGACCUCGCACGAGCAGUUUGGCAAGCCUUGGAAUGGUCGAGAGUGGUAUCCCCUGCACUCGUCUACCACACGUUGGCGAUGAAGAUGGACGUGCCUCUAUGGUUCGCGGGGGUGAAGAUCGAGGACCGCCUGGAAGACAAUGACAUGGCGGCGCGGCAGGAGGCGACAGUUCUUCUGCUGGCGGAGUGCUGGACUGAUGCGCUCUGGUGCGGACAGUGGGCGGAUGGCGGGCGCGUAAAACAGGAGAGGUUGUCCAGGCUGGCGGACAGUCUGCGAGCGUUGUCGUGCGCGGUCAUGUGGAUCAUGUGCAUGGGAGGUGACGACGACCGAUCGCAUUACGAGGCAUGGUCGUACACGUCCAUGGUCGCGAAACCGACGAUGAUAGCGGCUGGGUUGUAUAUCUUCAACUGGCGUCGACACGUGGUGGACUCCGCCAACCUCGUCCUCGAUCGUCUAGGGAAGGCCCACCUCACGCUGGGAGAUUACCAGCAAUGCAUUCCGGAAUGGUGCGAUUGCGGGUUGGCGUUCGGGCACAAUGCUGCCCUGAAGAACGCGACGGAGGCCGUGAAACACGGGUGGAGCGGCAGCGGGCCCGCGGCGGAUGGCGAUGGAGAUGAUGGCAAGUGACACGUCAUCUCGAGCAUAUGGCAGCGAGUUGGUGCAUAUCAUCGGCGCUUCGUCGACAGUGGUGACGA